AUGGGUUAUGAAAGAACAGGAAGAACACGAUCAGAGGCGUCAAGAACCCAGACAGCUGAUGCCCGCUCCUAUCCCCUCUCCAACGGUGGUUCAGGGGCCUCCCCCGGCCUCGACCGGAAGCGUCGAGCACCGGCCUGGGCAGUUACGAGGGUUACCCGCACCACUGAGGCAUCGAAGACUGAGAACGUGCCAGCAGCAAUUACAGAUGAUGACCACCUGGCGCUUCCCAUAUUAUCAACACGCUCAACCACGGGGAGGUUUGGCAGGACAUCCAAACAGGCAAAGCACCGGCGGAACCAUUAUCCCGCACCACGCGGGCCUGCAGAGAGGCGUAAUGGCUCAGACAAGAAAUGGCCAAAUAAGCCACUAUCCGUCGAGUAUUCGAAAUCCAUUGAAUCGAAGGUCUACAAUGCCGCGAGUUACUCUACCUCCUAUCAGAAAGCAGUUGCCCGACAUGUUUCCGGCACAAACAGAGCAGCUAGAGACGGAUUCAGCGAUAGUGCAAGGAAAAGAGUAGAGAACAUGACGUACCGUGUAUACAAUGGCCGAUCGUCUCUGUAA